UUUUGUAGGAACAGAGGACAAACGGAAGAGUCAGUGAAGGUCCACCAGAUGGCGGCACUGUGCAUUUACUUCACGUGUCACUCAAUUUAAACUGUAUUGGAAUUAUUCGAAGACGGACACUUAUCGAUUCUAUUUAAAAUUCAUGAAACAAAGACUGUGUUUGGAUGGUAUCGAGGAAGACGAGCGUUUAAACAUACGAAGAAAGAAGUCAGCCGCAAACACCGCUCUACUUUUGUCAACCAUUGUGCUGCAGGUGUUGUUAAUCAACACAAAGGAGGAUUAAAGAGAACUGUGUUCCAGAGAGACGGAGUAAAAUCACUGGUGAAGCUGCUCUCAGAUGGACUACGCCAUGAAGUCUUUCAGCCUUUUGACCUCGUCUUCUCUCUCCAAGUCUUUUACAUGCUCGUGCAUAACUGCCAGUGUGUUAGCCAGUGCCUCCGUGACCCAUCAUCUCCUGUCACGACAAGCUCUUCAAAGAAGGCCGUUCAGAGUCACAAACGCUGAUCGCAGUGUGAAGAAGGGAAUCAUGGCCGACAGUCUAGAGGACCUCAUGAACAAGGCAGGUGAAUCCCUGCACGUGCCUCAUGUCAGCGUGUUGGUGCUGGAUGAAGACGGCACAGAUGUGGAGACGGAGGAGUUCUUCCAGACCCUGCCUGAUAACUCGGUCCUAAUGGUUCUGGACGAGGAGCAAAAAUGGACCCCACAUCUAAACAGUCCACCGAGAGGUCAUGUCUGCGAUCACAGCUUGCUGCAACGAACAGAUGUGGCCAAGGUGACCUUUGACCUCUAUAAGAACAACCCCAAGGAUUUCAUCGGCUGCUUGAACAUAAAGGCCACCCUGUACGGCGUUUAUUCCGUGUCCUACGACAUGCGCUGCUACGCUGCCAAAAGCAUGUUAAGGGAGGCUCUCAGGUGGACUCUCUUCUCCAUGCAGGCCACUGGCCACAUCUUGCUGGGCUCCUCUUGCUACAUCGAGCAGCUGCUGGAGGAGGAGGAGGAGGAGCAGAGUGCAGACAAGAGCCUGGCACUCCCUCAGAAAAGCAAGAUUAAGCAGCUGCAGACCAUGCUGAUGGGAAAGAUGUCACUCUGAUGUUGGACUGAAGCUGACGACGCUGAGCAGACACGGCGACCACUUUUAACAGACCUUGUCUAUUUUGUUACACCACUGUUUUUUGAACAGGAAGAACAUGUGCUCAGUCACAUGACUGCUCUGUUACCGUUCUUUCAUUAGUGUAUUCAAAGAAACAAACACUGCAAGCUUUACCUCACAAAGCACUUUUACUCACUUUGUAACCUUUUUCCCGCUCGGAGAUGAAUAAAUAAAGCACUUCUAUUUUCUUUUUCUCAA